AUGACUACAUCGUCCGAGGAUGUUUUACUUAGUGUUAACCAUGUGCGAUAUAAAAAAGGUGAUGGAACCCUCUAUGUGAUGAAUCAAAGACUGGCUUGGAUGUUAGAGAAUCGUGAUACAGUGGCUGUUUCCCACAAAUAUGCUGAUAUUAAGACUCAAAAAAUAUCUCCUGCUGGAAAACCAAAGGUGCAAUUACAAGUUGUACUGCAUGAUGGUACAUGCUCCACUUUCCAUUUUGUCCAUCCAGCUGGGGCAGAGGCUCAAGCCAAAGACAGGGAUCAAGUUAAAAUGCUUCUGCAAAAUCUCCUUCCUAAGUUUAAGAGACAAAUUGAUGGAGAGUUAGAAAUGAAAUCUAGGUUAUUAUCACUACAUCCUAUUUUAAAGCAUUUAUAUGAAGAUUUAGUUAUAUCAAAAGUUAUUAAUAGUGAAGAGUACUGGAAUACACCAACGCUGAAACAUUACACAGACUCAACUAAUACUAAACAGGAAGCUGGUGUAUCUGGAGCAUUCCUAGCGGAUAUUCAACCACAAACAGAUGGCUGCAAUGGGCUGAAGUAUAAUCUCACACAAGAUAUUAUAGAUGCAAUAUUCAAAACGUAUCCCGCCGUAAGAAAGAAACAUGUAGACUAUGUACCAAAUAAAAUGACAGAAGCUGAGUUUUGGACCAAGUUUUUUCAGUCACAUUAUUUUCAUAGGGAUCGCAUAGCUUCCUCCUCGAGUAAAGACUUAUUUGGUGAAUGUGCUAAAAUGGAUGACCAAGCAAUUGCAUCAGCUAUGAAACACACUACUUUGGACCUCACAGUGGACUUACCUCAUUUCACAGAACCAGUUCCACUAUUACCUGAUGAUGAGACAACAGAGAAGGAAAAGGACAGUAAUUCAAUACAUCGCAGUAUGAUAAAAAGAUUCAACCAACACUCAAUAAUGGUGCUAAAAGCUAGUCACAAAAACUCAAACAGUAGCAAUAACACAAGUAAAUUGACAAACAAUAACAAAGUAGUUGAGAAUGGUGUGAAAGAUACAAAUGGAGUGGAAAAGAGGCACGCAGAUGAGAGUGAACCAGUUGAUAAGAAGAGGCGGAUAUUGGAAAAAAUACACUAUGAAGAUCUCGAUGACACAGCUGAUAGCAGUAGUGCACAGGAGUUGAAGUUAUCAAAGGUAGAACGAUAUUUAUUAGGCCCGUCAUCACAAAUGAGUUACUCGACAUCUAGUAGCAGUCAUCCACCACCGCUCUCCGCACUUUCGUCAAUAUGCCAGGCUUGGUCCAACGGUCAGCAAUGUCAUCGUCCAUUUCGUAUGAGCGCGGCAGCGGCUGUAGGCGCCCUUGGAGAGUUGAGUCCUGGUGGAGCGCUCAUGAGGCAGCAUCACGCUGCUUGUAUGGCACAAUUAAUACCACCGGACGUGAAGUCAGAACUCCACCGCAUCUACUACUCCGGUGGCGAAUUGCUUCGUGAGUUGUGGCGAUGUUUCCCGCAGCCCGGCGCAGGCGCAGAGGCAGAAGAUAACGCAGCUAAGGCCGAGAAGUUCUAUGAGGCACUUCUCAGGUUUAGAAACGUCAAAUUAAGACCUUUCGAGGAGAAGAUGCUCCGCGACCUAACACCAUUAGCGACAUCCCUAACUCGACAUAUGAACCAAAUGAUAGACGCAGCGUGUUCCAAGUACGCUUUAUGGCAACAACGGCAGGCCAAACUUAGGUAG